UGUGACAACAUGUGGGAUAGGAUUAUUUUUUGUGGACUGGUGAUCUGUCUCAUCUGCCUCACUGACCAGACUCAGGGCCAGAAAACACCUUUAGUUGUUCAAGGGACAGAUUGCACACAGAUCAAAACUCUCUCCCCUCGAGCCACCAGUGGAGUGUAUGUCAUACAGCCUGCAGGAGUCACAUCCCCCUUUAAGGUGUAUUGUGAGAUGCUGGUGGACGGAGGCUGGACAGUCUUUCAGAGGCGCACCGGGGCAGAGGUUCUUUUCAACAGGAAGUGGGCAGUGUACAAACAAGGCUUUGGGAAUCUACAGAAGGACCACUGGCUUGGUCUGAGUAAGGUGUUUGAUCUAACCAAGGGGGGCCGGGGGCUGAACUCGACUAUGCGGGUCGAUCUGUGGGACUUUGAAGGGGGCACUGCCUUCGCUGAGUACAGUGACUUCCGUCUGGGCACGGAGAAGGAGGCCUAUAAGCUGAACGUUGGAGCCUACAAAGGCAACGCAGGUGAUGCCAUCCGUGGGAAAUAUGCCGGCAUUGACCAGAAUGGCUUUGGCUUCAGCACAACCGACAAGGACAAUGAUGGCUGCUCACCCUGCAUCUUUGGCGACAUCGCCGAGAACACGUGCAGCUUCUCUGAGGGAGGAGGAGGGUGGUGGUACAGCCGCUGUGGUUCUGCCAGCCUGAACGGUGACUGGCACCCCGCCGGCGAACACAUCGGCUGGAACUCUGGCCUCCACUGGGCGACCUGGAAAGGACCUGCCCCAUACUCAGCCCGAGCCAGCCGCAUGAUGAUCAAGUCUGUGUGGAAGAAGAUUAUUACAGCAAACUAAUACGAAAACAAAUCAUGAAACUAUUUCGUAAACUGAAAUAAAACAAUUAAGGCAAGGUUUGACAAACAAAACUAUACUGAAACUACGAUCUUUAACUUACUAAAAUAAAAACACUGGACCAGUUAAGGUCUAUAAGUCCAACAUGGUCAGAGCCACCAUGUUUCCAGUGAAGACAAAAUACCAUGUGGACAUUUUAUUUGUUACACUGCAACAAUUAUGCAUAUCUAAUGUGAAUAGUUUAAAUAGUUUGACAUAACUUAUAGUUUGGAAUGUUGAUAUUGCAUGCGUGUUCAAAUAUAAUUAUCUUUAGAACAUUUGUUUAGCACACACU